UGCAUGGAAGCACAAAACCAUCACCACCAGAACUUCUCUCUCACUUCUUGACCAGUUUGAAGAUUUUUUUUUUUUGCUUAGGUUAUCGCUGGUCGUUCUUCUUUCUGUUUUUGGAUAGACAUGAAGAAAAACUCAAUUUCCUGUACAAAUCAUGAGAGUGAAUCAUUUUCUGCAGAAACAAGAAGACAAUACCACCGUGUUGUCACAGAACAAACAAGAACACACGAUCAAUGUUCUCUGAAAUUGGCUGCUCUAGUUACCUCCCAAAAUACUCCAACUGUUCUGCCUGCAUUUUUUGUUGCUUUCCUGCUUCUUCUUUCUUCAAUUAGCCCCCCGGUCUUGUCUCACCCCUUACCCUUCAACCAAACUCUCAGAAUCAGAGCUCUUUUAAGCAAGAUCAACAAGCCUUCUCUAAAGACAAUUGAGAGCCCGGAUGGGGAUUUGAUUGACUGUGUUUUAUUUCAUCAGCAGCCAGCUUUUGACCAUCCUGAGCUUCAAGGACAAAGACAGAGACUGUUGGAUCCACCAGAAAGGCCAAAAGGCCACGACAAGGCAGAAACAGAACAAGAGAGCUUUCAGCUAUGGACCGAUUCUGGGGACUCAUGCCCGGAAGGAACUGUUCCAAUUAGAAGAACAAGAGAGGAAGAUAUUCUGAGGUCAAGUUCCAUUCAGAGAUUUGGAAGAAAACAAGGUAGGGGUGUACGGAGAGACUCAUCUGCCAGCGGCCAUGAGCAUGCAGUGGUUUUUGUGAAUGGAGAUCAAUACUAUGGAGCAAAGGCAAGUAUAAACGUAUGGGCUCCCCAGGUGACGAAUCAAGACGAAUUUAGCUUGUCACAGAUAUGGGUUAUUGCUGGAUCCUUUGGGAAUGAUCUAAAUACCAUAGAAGCUGGUUGGCAGGUGAGCCCACGGCUAUAUGGAGAUAAUAAUCCAAGGUUCUUCACUUAUUGGACAACAGAUGCAUAUCAAGUGACAGGAUGCUACAACUUGCUGUGCUCAGGCUUUGUUCAAACCAACAACAGGAUAGCAAUAGGAGCUGCAAUAUCCCCAAGAUCUGUAUAUAAUGGAAGACAGUUUGAUAUUGGCUUAAUGAUUUGGAAGGAUCCGAAACAUGGGCACUGGUGGCUGGAGAUCGGGUCGGGCAGGCUGGUCGGGUACUGGCCGGCGAACUUGUUCAGUCAUCUGAGGAGGGAAGCGAGCAUGGUGCAAUUUGGAGGGGAAAUAGUGAACUCAGAGUCAAGGGGUUACCACACGAGCACUCAGAUGGGAAGUGGCAAGUUUGCAGAGGAAGGGUACAGAAAAGCAGCAUAUUUCAGGAACUUGCAAGUGGUGGAUUGGGAUAAUAGCUUGCUUCCUCUAUCUAAUAUUCACCACUUGGCUGAUCACUCCAAUUGCUACAGUAUCAGAUUGGCAGCAAACCAAGUUUGGGGCACUUACUUUUAUUAUGGAGGCCCUGGAAGGAAUGUCAGAUGCCCCUGAUGAAAUAAAUGUCACUGCUUUUGUUUUUUUGGAUUUUAUUUUUCUCAUGGUUUUUCAUUGUUUUGCCAUUAAAAAAAAUGUCCAUUUGGUUUA